UAUGCAAAGUGUGAAGCCAAGUCUCGUGUAGCAGCAGCGGGUGAUUGUUUCGCUAACAUGUUUGAAAUUAACGUUCAUUUUAUUGUGCAUAAUUGAAUUGCAUUUAAUCGCUAAUUGCAUACAAGUUGCGCAUACGCUGCCAAAACGCUGCCAAAACCGAAAGCAAAACAGUACAAAUAGUGAGAUAAAUCUACAACUGCAGCUGCAUUCCGCAAGUGUUAAUCGCGUCCAGACCUUGAGGAUGGUCACCUGCAAAGUGGACUCCCAAUCCGCAGUGGCCAUACCCAAAAUGAAUUCGGUGCGGGCGCGUGGCAAACCAGCGACCGGCAGCAGCAACAGCAACAGCCAGUCUUCCGGCUUUCGGCUCUUGGACGGCGAUCAGCUCGAAAAUAAUUCGAGUGUCAGUCGAAAUUCGAUAUACAAACUGAAGAUCGAUCUAAUGUUUGACGAUUCCAGAUCAAUGCGUAGCAGCCGCCUCGACGAUCCUCGGGGAUCGCAUCGCACGCGCUCCAUCAUCAUGUAUGGGCGUAGUGAGUUGGCCAGCACCUCGGGGGCCAAGAGCAGCUUUCUGCAGGAGUCCAGCGAGUCGGCCAAGGUGCUGGCCGAGGCGGCCAAGAAGGAUGUGGAGCGGAUAAGCAACAGUGUGCAGGCCCAGAUCGAGCAGCUGUUCACGGACGUGGCCAAGGAUGCCACCAGCAGCUUCGAUGUCACCUGCCUGGGCUCCCUGCCGCUGAAAGACAAGGUGACGAGUCUCCAGGGACUGCAGGAGCCACUGAGGCAACUGUACCUAAGUGAGGUCAGCAAGAAGAAGCUUAGCUCGGGAUCGUUGGAUAUUUGUGCCACAGGAUUGCGGGUCAAGAUCAGCACUGUGCCAAUGCCAAAGGGCGGCAGUGGCCCAGACGAUAGUGAGGCCCACAUCACGCCCUUUCACAACAUUGCCGUGUGGUCGGCGGUGAAGUUUGUUAUCUCCGCCGACGAUGGCGGCGCCGCCUUCUUGCCCCUGAUCACCGAUCCCGAAAACAUAGACAAGACUGCCCUGUUUCAGCCUCUGAGUGCAAGCGAGCAAAUGGCUGUGGAGCACAGCAUACACGUCCAUGCCCCGAUCUUUGCGGUUGUCAUGCGUUCUGCCAGCUCUCCCAAGAUCCUCGAGUGCCACGGCUUUAUCUGCAAGAGCACCGAGGACGCCAUCGUGAUAGCGGCCACCCUCUACCAGAGCCUGAUGGCCCACGUCAGCACCAACUCACACCGCAGCACCAAGCGCCGGACGCCGCGCCAGCAGAACGGAGUCAGCUGCAUCAGCAUCGCCAGCAGCUCGGCCAUGACCAGCUCCAACUAUCUGUCGCGUUCCCAGAUCAUGCCCAGUGCCAGCGGGCGACGCAGUUCCUUUCGCGCGGGUACCGGUGCUUCCGGCACGCCUUCGCGCUCCGUUCGCAAGAAGAGGGUGUCCAGCAGCUCGCUCAGCUCCAACAGCAACGUCAUCAACGAGGCGGCCGAGGUGGAAACGUCCACGGAGGAGCGCAAGCGCAAGUCCAACAAGUCCAAGCGCGCUCCUCCAGUGCCCACAACGGUGCCGGGUUCCGGUUCCGGCUACAAAGGUGCCCCCACGCGCAAUGGCAGCAUCGUCUGCAGCAACGGACACGUGAACCGUCUGCACCAGCAUGCCCAUCACAACAAAAAGCCACCAACUGGUGCAGCCAGUGCCUACAAGGGUGCAGAUCUUGUGGGGACUGUGGGUGGCGGUAGCGGCGGCGGGGGCGGCGAAGCGGCCAAUGGGGACAUUCUGACGCGCGUGGCCAUACCCAGAUCUGGCAGUUUCCUGAACACCGGCGGUCUCACCCGCUACAAGUCGCGGGCGGCGCGCCGUCACUCGGGAAAGUUGGGCGGCGGUGGUGGAGGAGGUUCCCCACUUGGUUUCAGCGAGCUGUUCAAUGAAUUUCGUCUGCACGAGAACCUGCACUCCCUGGACGACAUUCUGUACGCCAUUAUCGAUGCCGACGGCAUGUCCUUCAACGACCUGAAGCCCAUCUACAAGGAGUUCCUGCUCAAGCUGGCCGUUACUCUCACCCAGGAUGAGCUCUUUCAGCGCUCCAAGAACAUAAUGCGACGCCAAAAGAAGAAAAAGCAGAAGCGCAAGGCCAGCGUAAAUGGGUCACAGAAGACAAAGACAAAGAGCAGCUUCUUUGGCACAAAGAGCCUGAAGAAAAUGUUCCAACUGGGGCAGUUCCGUUCGUGCCGCGGCAAGUUGGAGAAGUCGAGUCCACGACCCAAGGAGGCGGCCAGCCUUGACAGCCAGGGCAAGCGCAAAAUUAGUGCGCCCAUCAUCAUUGGACCCCCCAUCAGCCAUGUCCAGCAACAGCAGCAGCAGCAUCAGCGUAACCGGGCGGCCACCAGCGGCUCAGAUGUAUCCGUGGUGCGCAAUGAGCAUGCCCUGCAGGGGCUCAACAGAAACAGCAGCAGCGGUUACGUCUCCUGCUCCGAGUGCAGCUACGACUCCGAGUCCUGUACCUGCGCCUCGGCCGAUCGCUGCUACUGCAGCCUGCGCACAGAGCACCUGAACCACAAGCUGCGCCAGAAGAACGAGCGCACCAUGGCCAUGGCCAACUCCUCGCGUAAACCCUCGGGAACUGUCCAACCUGUGCAGAGUGCCGGAACAGCAGCCAGCAACCGCCACUCGCUGAUCUCGUGCAAGUCGGAUGACAAGUGCUACUGCUCCAUGGUCGAGGAGGAGCCGGCCAGCACGCUGGAGCACGACUCGGUAAACACCCCCUCGGAGACGACCACCUCGUGCGACUCGGACAGCUGCAUCAGUGCCAGCAAGUGCUACUGCAAGCGAACCCAUCGCCGGCAGCGGGCCUUGGCAGCGGCGGCCAUCAGCGAGGACUCCCUGUCGCAGCAGCGCAAGGCGCGGCCAGGUGGCGGGGGGGCAGCACGCAAGGGUAAGCCCGCCGAGAAGCUGGGCCUGGACUACGAACUCUUCAGCAUCAGCGGCAACAGCAAGCCCGUCCAGCCGCACGAGGCGCUGAGCGUGAAGAAGAGCGUGGAGGCGGCUGCCGUCUUCGCGGACAUGAAACUGAGCCAGACGACGGACAUCAAGAGCCUGUGCCCGCCCAUGCAGACCCAGAAAGCGAUGCGUGCAGCCAACGGCAGUUGCCGGUCAUAUGCCUCCUCCCGGAAGUCCUCUUACCGUGCGCGCGAAUCCUUUAGCACGGACCGAGCGGGCGCCAAUGGACAUUACAUGGCCAUGCCCCUGGGACCUGCUGGCGGCGUGGGAGCGGCCCAGAAAGCGUGCAGCUCUGACAAUCUGCUGCUCAAUAUCAAGGCCAUUGAGAAGGCGGCCUCCAUACGGAGCAACAUCAGCCGGAGCCGCAUGAGCAGCUACCAGUCGAUGCGGGCUGUGAGCGCCUCGCUCGAGGACUCGUUGGGGUAUUUGCCAUAGAUGUUGAACCCCUGUUAGUUACGAUGUACAUUUAGUACAUAAGCAUAAGCAUACGCAUAAAACAUUAACUAAUACUCGAUCUGCAUAAACAUAUACUCCAGCAUACACAUACACACACGGCUUAUGUUUCCCAAGACAAUUACUCGUAUCGUACUCGUAUAAUUAUCUUGCGAAACGUAAUCUGUUUCUAGCCCUAAGUUCCUACCGUAUAGAGAACAUCAAGUGUGAAUUUAUCUGUAAGAUCUGAAACGUAGAAGAAUAUCGAUGUGCAAUAUGGAAGACCAUUCAAGGGGAACGAACAAUGAGUCCCACUCAUUAA